AUGACAGUUAAGGAACAUAAAGUGGUUCAUGAAGCUCACAACGUGGAAGCUCGUAAGGCUCCUCAACAUUUUUACAAUAGUCAACCGGGCAAGGGUUACGUUACUGAUAUGCAAAAUUAUCAAGAGAUGUACCAAGAAUCUAUCAAUGACCCUGAAAAGUUCUUCGACAAGAUGGCCAAGGAGUAUUUGCAUUGGGACGCUCCAUACUCUAAAGUUCAAUCCGGCUCGUUGGACAAUGGUGACGUCGCAUGGUUUUUAAACGGUAAAUUGAAUGCUUCUUACAAUUGUGUUGACAGACAUGCCUUUGCCAAUCCAGACAAGCCAGCUUUGAUCUAUGAGGCUGAUGAUGAAUCUGAAAACAAAAUCAUCACAUUUGGUGAGUUACUAAGAAAGGUUUCUCAGGUUGCCGGUGUCCUAAAAAGUUGGGGCGUUAAAAAAGGUGACACCGUCGCUAUAUACUUACCAAUGAUCCCAGAGGCAGUCGUUGCUAUGCUGGCUGUUGCUCGUAUUGGUGCCAUACAUUCAGUAGUCUUUGCCGGGUUCUCCGCUGGUUCGUUGAAGGAUCGUGUCGUUGACGCAAACUCUAAAGUGGUCAUCACUUGUGAUGAAGGUAAAAGAGGUGGUAAAACCAUCAGUACCAAGAAGAUUGUUGAUGAAGGUUUGAAUGGAGUCGAUUUGGUGUCCCGUAUCUUGGUCUUCCAAAGAACUGGUACUGAAGGUAUUCCAAUGAAAGCCGGUAGAGAUUUCUGGUGGCACGAAGAGGCUGCUAAGCAAAGAACUUACCUGCCUCCUGUCUCAUGUGAUGCUGAAGAUCCAUUAUUUUUAUUAUACACAUCCGGUUCCACCGGUUCUCCAAAGGGUGUCGUCCAUACCACUGGUGGUUAUUUAUUGGGUGCUGCUUUAACAACUAGAUACGUGUUCGAUAUUCAUCCAGAAGACGUCCUUUUCACUGCAGGUGAUGUCGGUUGGAUUACUGGUCACACCUAUGCCCUAUAUGGUCCAUUGACUUUAGGUACCGCUACAAUCAUUUUCGAAUCCACUCCAGCCUACCCAGAUUACGGUAGAUACUGGAGAAUCAUUCAACGUCACAGAGCAACCCAUUUCUACGUGGCUCCAACCGCUUUAAGGUUAAUUAAACGUGUCGGUGAAGCUGAAAUCGCCAAAUACGACACUUCCUCAUUACGUGUAUUAGGUUCUGUCGGUGAACCUAUUUCCCCAGACUUAUGGGAAUGGUACCACGACAAGGUUGGUAACAAGAACUGUGUCGUUUGUGACACUAUGUGGCAAACAGAGUCCGGUUCUCACUUGAUUGCUCCUUUAGCAGGUGCCGUCCCAACGAAACCCGGUUCUGCCACUGUCCCAUUCUUUGGUAUUAACGCUUGUAUCAUCGAUCCUGUUACAGGUGUAGAACUAGAAGGUAAUGACGUAGAGGGUGUCCUUGCCGUUAAAUCUCCAUGGCCAUCCAUGGCCAGAUCCGUUUGGAACCACCACGAUCGUUACAUGGACACAUACUUGAAGCCUUAUCCUGGUCAUUAUUUCACAGGUGACGGUGCCGGUAGGGAUCACGAUGGUUACUACUGGAUCAGAGGUAGAGUUGACGACGUUGUAAAUGUUUCUGGUCACAGAUUAUCCACAUCAGAAAUUGAAGCAUCUAUUUCUAAUCACGAAAACGUCUCAGAAGCUGCUGUCGUCGGUAUCCCAGAUGAAUUGACCGGUCAAACCGUCGUUGCAUACGUUUCACUAAAAGAUGGCUACCUACAAAAUAAUGCCGCUGAAGGUGACGCCGAACAUAUUACCCCAGACAGUUUACGUAGAGAAUUGAUCUUACAAGUUAGAGGUGAGAUUGGUCCUUUUGCUUCACCAAAAACUAUCAUUCUAGUGAGAGACCUGCCAAAAACAAGAUCAGGCAAGAUUAUGAGAAGAGUCCUAAGAAAAGUUGCUUCUAACGAAGCCGAACAACUAGGUGAUUUAUCCACUUUGGCCAACUCAGAAGUUGUUCCUGCUAUCAUUUCUGCUGUGGAAACUCAACUCUUCUCUCAGAAGAAGAAAUAA